AGAAAAGGAAAGGACGGGAAAGAAGGGAAACUGAACGGUAAGAAGAGGAAUGAAGAGGAAAGGAAAGGAAAGGAAAGGAAAGUGAUUAGACAGCAGUAAAUGAGAAGUUAAACGAAACCUUUGUUUCCUCUUAUUUGACGGGUGUAAAGUGUCUCUGGCGCCUCCAGCGUCUCCUCGGAGCGGCUGCAGCUCGACGGCAGACUGAAAUCAUGUAGCAUGAUGAUCGCAGAGCGUCUCUCUCAGCUCGAAGACACACAUAGCUGAAAUUUUACAACAACCAUUUCCUACAGGGACUGUCCCCACCCCCUUCACUCGGCUUUAGCACGGUUCCGCACGGCACGGCUCGGCUCGACUCGCUGCCAGCCCCGGCCCUCCUCCAGGGCUGCCUGAGCCGGUGUUUGAUUGGAUUAGAGUCGGGUAGCCUUUGCCCUCUCACCCCGCUGAUGUUGGCUGGCUGCUUCCUGCUCCCUCCGCUCCCCCUGACCGACUGACGAAGCCGCACGGCGAAGCGCCCUGCACGGACACAGCCGACCGGGACGAGCCGCGACAGAAAGACCCGACGGUACCAGAACCUCGACGCACGGGGAGAGGCGGACGGAAAAACGAGGCAGCCAUGCGGAGGAAAUCGAGGAUAUCGUUAUGCUUUGCCGUGCUGUGGGUGCUGGGGAUAGCCUACUACUUCUACCCGGGAACAGCGCUGAGUCGAAAGGAUGAUUGGGGCUCCAGUGACUCAUCCAGUCGAGGCAAAGCUCACAGCUCUGACGACAAGUCUCACAGCAUGGAGACUCUGCCUCCAGGUAAGGUGCGCUGGCAGGAUUUCGACCAGGAUCUGUACGUUGGAGCCACAGUUGUCCGACCGGGUCAGGAUCCGUACGCCAGGAACAAAUUCAACCAGGUGGAGAGCGACAAACUGCGAAUGGACAGAGCCGUGCCUGACACAAGACAUGACCAUUGCAGACACAAACAAUGGAAGUCAGAACUGCCGGCCUCCAGCGUCGUCAUCACUUUCCACAAUGAAGCUCGCUCUGCACUGCUGCGGACUGUGGUCAGUGUCCUGAAGAAAAGUCCUCCUCACUUGGUCAAAGAGAUCAUUUUGGUUGACGACUACAGUGACAACCCGGAGGACGGAGCGCUUCUGGGGAAGAUCGAAAAAGUGCGAGUGUUGAGAAACGACCGCAGAGAAGGACUGAUGCGUUCGAGGGUUCGUGGUGCAGAUGCCGCCACAGCACCAGUCCUCACCUUCUUGGAUUCUCACUGUGAAUGUAAUGAUCACUGGCUCGAGCCACUACUGGAGAGAGUGGCUGAGGACAAGACCAGGGUUGUCUCUCCAAUCAUCGAUGUCAUCAACAUGGACAACUUCCAGUACGUAGGAGCCUCGGCCGAUCUGAAAGGAGGUUUUGACUGGAAUUUGGUGUUUAAAUGGGAUUACAUGACUCUGGAUCAGAGACGAGCCCGACAAGGCAACCCAAUUGCCCCCAUUAAGACUCCGAUGAUAGCAGGUGGUCUAUUUGUCAUGGAUAAGGAAUACUUUGAGCAACUGGGAAAGUACGACAUGAUGAUGGAUGUAUGGGGAGGAGAAAACUUGGAGAUCUCAUUUCGUGUGUGGCAGUGUGGUGGCAGUCUGGAGAUCAUCCCCUGCAGCAGAGUUGGCCACGUCUUCAGAAAGCAGCAUCCAUACACCUUCCCUGGUGGCAGCGGGACUGUGUUUGCAAGGAACACGAGGAGAGCAGCAGAGGUCUGGAUGGACGAGUUCAAAAACUUCUACUACGCUGCCGUUCCCUCAGCGCGAAACGUCCCCUACGGAAAUAUCCAGAGUCGUUUGGAGAUGAAGAAGAGAUUAGGCUGCAAGCCAUUCAAAUGGUACCUGGAGAACGUCUACCCUGAACUGCGAGUCCCAGAUCACCAGGACAUAGCGUUUGGAGCCCUGCAGCAGGGAGGAAACUGUCUGGACACCCUGGGUCAUUUUGCAGACGGGGUGGUGGGCGUCUAUGAGUGCCACAACGCUGGGGGAAACCAGGAGUGGGCCCUGACCAAGGACAAGUCAGUCAAACACAUGGACUUGUGCCUGACUGUGGUGGACAGGACGGCCAGUUCGCUCAUCAAACUACAAGGCUGUCGAGAGAAUGACAGCAGACAGAAAUGGGAGCAGAUUGAGUCCAACUCGAAGCUUCGCCACGUGGGCAGUAACCUCUGUCUCGACAGCCGCAGUGCCAGGAUGGGCGGACUCACCGUGGAAGUCUGCAGCCCGAGCCUCAACCAACAGUGGAAGUUCACCCUGAAUUUACAAUCAUAGGGGGCGCUAGAGACCCUGGGAAGAGUUGGAUAUUGGAUAGAGACACAGAUAGACUCUGAGGCCCGGGAUAAAGAGAUGGAAACGGACUUGAGGAAAAAAGACAAAACUUGAUGGAUUAACGGAUCCCUCUCGCUCUUCCUCAGAGAUGCAGCCAGGCAGGUCUAUACACCUCUCCCCCACCUCACCCCCUCCGCAAAAUAAACAAGACAAAGAGCCACACCCAGUGGGGGAGGGGCUUGUAGACCAAAAUGGAGUAAACAGGAAACUGACUAUUUGGUGGAUGGGUGUAGACGGUGAUGAUCAUGACGAGGAAAGAAGCUUUCCAUCCAAACUACAUACCUCAGUGUUUUUUCAUUGAUGGUUCCAGAUGAAAAUGGCGAGUGAAAUCUUUUCUGUUCUUUAACUUUCUUUAAUGCUGGUGAAAAAAACGUUUUUACUUUGUAAUUAUUUUAUUUUCCUAUUAAUAUUUUUUAUUUCUUGCUGUUGAUUCUCCACGGAGGUUUGCAGGAGCUCUUUUUUUUUUUGAUCUCAAGAAAGAAUUGGAUUUCGGUGUGGUCGCUCCCCUCCGGUGCUCUCUCUGUUUUUCACCACACUUCUGUUGUGGUUAUCGUUGAGUUUUGGGCGUAGAGUGAUGUGAAGGGAGGAAAUGGACUUGAUUCCUUGAGCUUUUCCUCUCGUUUUACUCUCAUUGGUUUACAGGAUCGACAGAGAAAAAAUCAGCCGAGGUGGAGGGAAUAAAGCUGUGCGUUCUGCUUUGUUUUCUAUACAGUCUUUCUUACAGAUUGUGUCUUGGGGUGGGAGGGGAAGGGGCUUCAGGGAGGAGCUUCUCUAAUUAGGAUGGGGCCUGACACCGGAUUGGCCGGAAGUGCAGUUCCUGAAACCAGGAAGUGUCUUGAAGCCCGCCCUCAGGGUUUACUGUUUGUCUUCACGCUGUGGCACUGGCUGCUGCAGCGUCGUCACUUCUACACCGUUAUGUCUCUAAAAGAAACAAGAAAAAAAAAUCUCUUCUGUUUUUUUGUUUACGUCUGUCAAAAAAAUUAUGGAACCAAAAUUUCAGAAGGAUGUUUUGCGUUUCAGGAACAAGAGAAGCGAUUAAAGGAGUUCUCCUUCACAUGAUCGCGCUGCUCUCUGACGCUGCAGUUCAGUUUGUACAUCUCCUUUUCCUGCACAGAUAAUUUUUCCAUUUGCCUGUGUCUAUAUUGAUUUAGUAGGAAGGGUUAACGUUGCAUAAUCACACUCAAACCACAUUCAAAGUGGCAGAUUUUUCCCCUCGAGCCGACGGGUGGAGGCUGUAGGAUCAUUUGCUCUUGCACGGCAACAGAAGGAAACACCGGUGCUCGUACGUGGCCAAUAUUGACAUCCCUCUUUUUGUUGACAAAGUAAAGCCUUGGUUAUUCCAGCCUGAGAACAGAUGCCAUGCAAAUAAGAAAAAAAGCAUUGACUUUAGUCAAACUGUAUGAAGUGUGCAUGCACAUGUUCUGAAAAGCUGCAUGUAUCACCAACAGGUUCCCACAGUUUCUCUCAGUCAGUAGUCGUGUUUUCCAUCCACGUGUUUUUCUUCUUCUUCUCUUCGUUGUGCCUGUUAGAUGAGCCAUCUGUUCAGAAGUGUGAAACUGCAAUAAACAAGGUUUUACCGUUUGUCCUUGCUCUGUUUCUGCUGGAGGUGAGCAGAUUUCUUUUUGAUUGCACGCGCAGGACCGCUCAGAAAACUGAGAACGCGUCUUGUUUAUUUCAGCGAGCCACUUUAUUCUCAUAAUGAUAUUUCAGUGUCGCCAAACAGCAUUGUGCCAGUUUUUUUCUGUUACCCCAUAGUAUUACUGAUACUAUUCACAGCGCACAUGUCUGUUUACAGUGCUAGUCUUUCCUUGGUUCCUGUGAUCCUCUGUGCUGUUAGUCACUGAUGAGUAAUGAUGGUGCCGUUUGGGGAAAAUUGUUUUUGAUUAAAUUUUGGAGCAACUCAUCACUUGGCAGCUUCAAGGCAACUGGAUUAACAUAAAACGUCUUUUGAGCAGAUUUACUGUACGACAGAAAUCACAUGUUGCAGCCUCAAGUGUCCUAUAAUUUCAGAUAUCCUCACAUGAUCCUUACUCUUGAAUGCUCCUUAGAUCUUUCUGGUUUUUUUUUGUUUGUUUCGCUGCAUCGUCUGACACUUUUCCAUCCCCCUGAUCCAUCACCUGUCUUUUCUUUCCUUCCCUUUUGUUCCUUGGACUUGAUAUGCGCCUUGUCUUACACAUUCAUCCAACUGUAACGCAGAGUGAGCAGAGUGGAGGGAGGUGCGGCUGAGACGGCAGCUGGUUGAAUGGCCUAUCCUGUGACUUGAUAGGUUGCUGCAUUGUGGGCCUGCGGGUACGAGGCCGAAGGACCCGAAGGUGAACCUAGAUGUGAGGGAGAGUUUUGUGUUGCCAUGGUGACCAGACUCGGGGUGGCCCCAAAGUGGAUUUAGGGUGGUUUCAGUUUGAAUUUCGUGCUAAUCAGAUGGUGAAUUUACUGAGAAAUUAUGGAAAAGGUUUUUUUUGUUUUUUGGCCAUUCUGUUUUGGAAAAAAAAGAAAAAGUUGUCUUAUUUUAUAAAAAUGUUGCAAAUCAAUAAUUGUAAUACAGAAGAGCUGAUUGGAAUUGAAGUGUGCAUUGGUACAGUACACUGCACUACCACACAGUUUUAAUGCUGCCAUCUUCCCACACACUUUUUUUAAAAUUCGGUUUUGCUUUGGAGUUUGAUUUCCUCUGAUACGUUGGGUGCAGGCACUAUCAUCUUAGUUUGUUGUUCCUUUUACAUCUCUUUCAUAUGUAUGAUGUCAGAUCUUGAUCUGGUCGUGAGGAUUACUGGUGUCUGACCCAUAGUCCUCAUCGGUGAGGGUAACAUGUUUUUAAUGGUGUACAGCGCCCCCUGUUGUCACACUUCUUGUGGGUAACAAGUAGAAAACCAAAAAAGAAAAGAAAAAAGGGACUCAAGAUACAUUUUUGAUGCAAAAUGCAGAGUUUCAGACUUUUUUUUAUUAAUCACAUUCUUUUUUUUGUCCUUGGUUUUGUUGAUUAAAAUCUUAUUCAGCCCUUUUUUUUUAAAAAAAAACAAAAAACAAACAGGCAGUGGAGACUGAACAGUCACACCUGAGUGGCCAACAGUUCACAUGUUGUUUGAAGCCUUUUCUUUUUAAAAAAAUUAGUCUUAUUCUUGUAACAAUGAAAAGAUUGCUUUUUUUAAUUUUUAUUCUUUUUAUGUUCGACACAGAGGAAUGACUGUAGCCUCAUUUUGAUUGGAUGAUUAAAUGUUUACAUCUUUAGCACAGUGUG